UCCUGAGCUUUUUCUCGAAGCGUCUACAAAAUCGUUGAAGUCUCCUCCUCUUGAUCCUCGUCUCCUGAUCGGUGAUCGCAUCGGCAGAACCCGUUUCAAAUCAUCGAUUCGGUUCCUAUUUGCCCAGCGGGAGGAAACAUGGUUGUGAUCGAGCAAGAAUCUGAGACCCAGAAAGUCCCUGCCAACGCCUCGCCUGGCGAGGAUCCGGCGCAAGGGGAAAACGGCAGCGAUGAGGAGUCCUUUGAGGACGCCCUUACGGAUGAGCAGUUGAGGGAGAAAGCUCUUAAGCAAGCAAAUGAUGCAAAGGAAGAAGGGAACAAACUCUUUAGGGUUGGGCAAUAUGAGGAUGCACUCUUGCAGUAUGAGAUUGCUUUGCAAAUUGCUUCUGAGCUACCUUCAUCUGCAGAUGUUUGCUCUAUGUCUCAUGGAAACCGAGCAGCAUGUUUCAUGAAAUUGAACCGAUACAAGGAUGCUGUAACAGAGUGCACAAAGGCACUUGAACUGGAUCCAUCAUAUGUAAAGGCACUAGUUAGAAGAUCAGAGGCUCAUGAAAAACUCGAAAACUAUGAGGAGGCCAUUGCUGAUUUGAAAAAGGUAUGUGAAUUGGAUCCUACAAAUAACCAAGCUAGAAAUAGUAUAAGGCGGUUAGAACCAAUUGCUGCAGAGAAAAGGGAGAAAAUGAAAGAAGAAAUGAUAGGAAAGUUGAAAGAGAUGGGAAAUUCUUUGCUGGGUCGUUUUGGGAUGAGUCUGGACAACUUCAAAGCUGUUAAAGAUCCAAAAACCGGUGCCCAUUCCAUCUCUUUUCAGCAGUAGGCCACUCCAAACCAUGGUGUGAAGAUCUGAGAGCAUAUUAUUUAAACAGUUGAUGAACAUUAAAACUGGAGCAGCUUUUUCAUUCUGUUAGCAAGGACAAACUUUUGCUCAGUUAGAGGUUUCUCAUGUUUCCAUUAAAUUUGAAAAAAAAAAUCCUGGAACUUAAUGUGAUAUCUCUAUCGUGAGAUCAAAUUAAAAAUGUGGAUUAUUGUGGAAUA